CAUUUUGUUGCAAUUCAGACGGAGUCGGGAGAGAGAGAGAGAAGUGGCGUCUAUACGGCCACUUUUAACACCACAUAAACUUCGAAAGUGACGGACUUGUCGGGGAAUAUAGCUUUGCUGUGCUUCCUACAUAGUCCGCCGAGGGAUUUCACUAAAUUUUUUUUUUCUUUCUAACGAAGGGCUUCAUCAACCAAGCCUGAAGAAGUCGGUACUCGACUUCUUGGAGCAUCGUGUGCCGAGGUGAGUUGAUGUUCAGCUCGGCUCCACGUCAAAACAACGCUCAUUGGCACAUGAAAACCUUAGACCUUGCUGGACAAAAAAGUGCAGUGAGAAGUAGACUGAGAACUACUUCGAGGACCUGGGGCCCGAUUGGAGGCGAAAGAUUGAAGAGAGAGCUCUGCUUCGUCGACUUUCUAACAACAAAGAGGUGACACCUAGUGCUGAAGCAUAAUGGGAGGCGGAGAGAGGUACAACAUUCCAGUUUCCCACCCGGAGCGCCCGUUCCCCAAGAAGAACCACCAACUUGGUCGGGCUAAGCAGAGAAGCCGUGAUCAGAACGGGGCAGCAGCAUCUGCAGGAGGGGUAGGGGGUCUUCACCAUCAUGGCCACCGCAGAAGCGAGAAAGGCGCAGCCUACCACAGGUCUCCAGAGGCACGGCAGGCCGUGUCUGCAGACAAGAAUGCUUCUGUCCGUUUUGCCACCAACUAUGAUCAGAACUGGGAGGGUGCUGUGUCUCACCUCAAUACGCUCCUGGCCACCCAGGGAAGUCCGAGCUACGCAGGGCCGAAGUUCAGCGAGCCACCCUCACCCAGCGUGUUGCCCAAACCCCCCAGCCACUGGGUGUCCUUCCCAAUGGGCUCCUGUGACAACAGGGAGAUGAUGGCCUUCCAGCUCAAGAGCCUCCUAAAGGUGCAGGCCUGAGAGGGAUACCCACAUAUGAUCGAAAAAAAAAGCCAAUGAACUGGGAUUCUCUUGAGGGCACCCACCCACCAGGAACACCUCAGUGCUGUAAUACUUUUAGAUGUUUUUAGAUUGACCCAUUAGUGUGAAGUGUGAGGCACUUGCAGCAGUGUUUGCUGCGAAUGUUUAUUUUAACACACUUUUUUAAAACAAACAAAUAUUUCAAGAUAUUACAGCCCCUGAGCCUUGCUGGUCGGUGAUGCUUUUAGUGGAGUCAGUUUCUAUGACUAUUGACAAACUGGAUAUCUUUUGUACUUGUUUUGUUCUUUUUAAUGUUGGCUGUCAAAGCAGAUUGAGUGCCUUUUUCCCUACCAAACAAGGGUUAUAGUAUAGGUCAGGUAAAUUCCCAACACCUUUACGGUCCAUUUCUGUUGGACACAAUAUUUCAUUUACAUAAGUUUAAUGAUGAUUCUUUAGACUCUUCCUCUAAAGGUUCAGGUGCUAAAGCAAACUCACAUUUGUAGCAUUUUUUGACUAGGGCCCACUGUAUUUUCUUAUAUGUAUCUCUGUCCUUGUUUGGUAUAGAAAAUGGACACUCAACUGCAAUUCUGCAGGGAAAAGGCUAUCUUACUGGAGGUAAUAAGCUGUAGUGAGUAAGUACAGGUCAAAAGUAUAACCUCAAAUUGAAGGGUAAUAAGAGACCAUGGCACACAGGCCUUGGACUGUCAACUCCUGUACCUUUUUUAUUGCGCUGUGCGCACAUGCACUAUAGGAGUUGAUUUUGUCCGGGGCCCACAACACUCUAUCAUAGCAUUAUUUUGUACAAGUCCUUUUUUGUUGUGGUUGAAAGAUGUAUGAAGUGCUGCGUGUAACCAAAGCAAUGUUUUUUGCUGUAUUCUUUUCCCUCCUUUUUUUUUUUCUAUUUUGGACUUCUGUGUGGUCGGCAAUGUUGCCAUUGCCACUUUAACCUUGCCAGCCCGAGUGGUGAACAGGUUUGAGUCCCUUGGUCACUUCUAACUGUUCAUCUGUUCCAAUCAGUACUGUUAUUGCUCCUCAGUCUCAGCCUAUUCAGGACAGUGCAGCAGCCUAACAUGCGGAAGAGGGCCCGGCUUAUAAGUGGGACUGUUUGAGUUUCACUUUCUAAGUCUUGUGACAUGGUCCUGUUAGCUGCUUGCAUUUGUAAGCAAGGUAUGGCAGAGCUGAGGAAAGUUUCUGAAGUGAAGUGGCCCAAGGGACUCUGAAUGAGGCAGGAGGCCGGUGUUUAUGUUUACAAAACAGGUCUUAAUGGUUGACCAUCCCAUAAUCAACAGACACUCUUUGCCUUUUGCCUCUGCUUCUUGUUUACCCUCUUGCACUGCAAUCAGUUUUUAAUAAGUUACAGGCCAGGAUGCUAUAGACAUGAUGGAGGCGUAAUUGACUAUCUCCCUAUGGAUUCUCUAUUUUUGUGAUUUCAAUCCUCUAUUGAGGCGCUCUUUGCUUUCCCUUUGCAGAAUUGGAGCUGUUUAUGGCCAGCCUAAAGAUGACAAAACAAAGUAUGAGAGCUUGUUAGUGUGUUCAAGAGCCAUGUAAAUAAUGAAAUGUAUAAAGUACUUGUAGCAUAUGUACAUUUGCAGGCCAAGUUUGAUGCCUGUCUGACAAAAGUAUUUUUAGUAAUAACACUGAAUGUAUAAGACAUGCUAAGGACAUGUCUUGACUUCAAUGUCUUGACUUCAAUACUGAAGAAUAUUUUUGUUAAAAAAAAAUUAAAUCUGCCGAUAGCAUUUGCCAGUACCCCUGCACUGUUAUCUUUCCAGAGAUCUUGCACAUGUUUUUUAUUGUUUUGUAUUAUGCAGUGUAGGGUGAAAGACGCGAAAUGCAAAUUAAGCAAAACAGUAACUAAUCAAUUUGAUCCCAGAGGAGACUUUCUUAUGUAUGGAUUUGAGUUCCGAAUGUGCUUACAGUAUGCGUAAGCGUGAUGCUUUUAAUCUUGAGUUGACCUGUUUGUGCCUAAGUUGAAACCCAUGCUGAAACUGACUAGUUUCAUUAGGUGGCAAUGCCACAAACUGACCAAAUGUUUUAAUCAGAACCACCUUCACUUCUCAGCUGUUCUUCCGCCAGCUGACAACUGAACUUGGUCCAAUGCUGUAUAACUAUUACCUUCUAUUGGUUGUUCAUGUAAACAUUUUCUUUCUUGCCCUGAUUGAGUCGUGCAUGGUAAAGUCUCCUUGUUCUAAAUUUAAAACAUGUAAUGAAUUGGCUGUUAAUUUGUCCCACUGAUAAAAAAUGUCACCGAAUAUGAAAAGAUCGAAAUGCCCUGUUUUUAAGAUUAGUAUCAAUUGGUGUUCAAAAAAAGAGCAUAUGUAAAAGAAUGCACUGUUUAAUUGAUGACAAAAUUUUGCCAAAAAAAGAAAUAAAUCCCUUCCCCUCCCCCCUA